AAUUUCUUUAGACGGCUGCCACAACCUGCUGCGUACGUCCAACAAUUUCUGAAAAAAAAGGCCGGAAAAAUUGCUUAAAAAUCACGAAAAACAAUAUAAAAGUGAACAUUAAGUGUAGCAAAAUGUUUAUUCAAUAAAAUUUUGCCAAAAUAAAUGAAUUUUUCCGUGAAAAAAUUCAUUUGAAAAUUUCUUUGUUGAGUUGAUGAAAUUCAUAUAAAAUCACGAAGCAACGAGUCAAAAAACGACAGAAAACGAACUGUUAGAAAAGUGUUGAAAUCGCCAGCGGAGUCUCAGCUCGAGGUUAGCGGAGCGCUAGCGAAAGUUUUUUUCUUUUAUUUUACACAAGACAAGCGGGGAAGUACUAAAACCCCCAAAAACUUUAAAUAGAACAAUAAUAACUGAAAUUUAAACAAAAAAAUGGCUACAAACGAUUCCAAAGCGCCUAUUAGGCAGGUGAAACGUGUGCAAUUCGGUAUACUGUCUCCGGAUGAAAUUCGACGUAUGUCAGUGACAGAAGGUGGAGUAAUGUUUGCCGAAACCUUGGAAGGUGGCCGUCCCAAAUUAGGCGGUCUUAUGGAUCCCCGCCAGGGUGUCAUUGAUCGUACAUCACGUUGCCAAACAUGUGCUGGCAACAUGACAGAAUGUCCUGGCCAUUUUGGCCACAUUGACUUGUCAAAGCCUGUCUUUCACAUUGGCUUCAUUACAAAAACAAUUAAGAUUUUAAGAUGUGUUUGCUUUUAUUGUUCCAAAAUGUUGGUGUCGCCCAACAAUCCCAAAAUCAAAGAAAUUGUUAUGAAAACAAAGGGCCAGCCGAGAAAACGUCUGGCUUAUGUUUACGAUUUGUGUAAGGGCAAAAAGAUUUGCGAAGGUGGUGAAGAUAUGGACAUGACAAAAGAUGGCCAACCGACUGAUCCAAACAAAAAACCCGGACAUGGUGGUUGCGGUCAUUACCAGCCAUCGAUUAGAAGAACUGGUUUGGAUUUGUCGGCCGAAUGGAAACAUGUCAAUGAAGAUUCACAGGAAAAAAAAAUGGUCAUAACAGCCGAAAGAGUUUGGGAAAUUCUAAAACACAUUACUGACGAGGAGUGCUUCAUUAUGGGUAUGGAUCCCAAAUAUGCUCGCCCCGAUUGGAUGAUUAUUACAGUAUUGCCCGUACCUCCAUUGGCUGUGCGACCUGCCGUUGUGAUGUUUGGUGCCGCCAAGAAUCAGGACGAUUUGACGCACAAACUUUCCGACAUCAUUAAGGCCAACAAUGAAUUGCGUAAAAAUGAAGGCACCGGUGCUGCAGCUCAUGUCAUUAUGGAGAACAUUAAGAUGUUACAGUUCCAUGUGGCUACACUCGUUGACAAUGACAUGCCCGGUAUGCCAAGAGCCAUGCAAAAGUCCGGCAAACCUCUAAAAGCCAUCAAAUCACGUCUAAAGGGUAAAGAAGGUCGUAUUCGUGGUAAUUUGAUGGGAAAGCGUGUUGAUUUCUCAGCACGUACUGUCAUCACACCCGAUCCCAAUUUACGUAUUGACCAGGUCGGUGUACCCCGAUCCAUUGCACAGAAUUUAACAUUUCCCGAAUUGGUGACGCCCUUCAACAUUGAUCGUAUGCAGGAAUUGGUCAGACGUGGUAACUCACAGUAUCCGGGCGCCAAAUAUAUUGUACGUGACAAUGGCGAACGUAUCGAUUUGCGUUUCCAUCCCAAACCCUCAGAUUUACAUUUACAAUGCGGCUACAAAGUGGAGAGACAUUUACGUGACGAUGAUUUGGUUAUUUUCAAUCGUCAGCCCACUUUGCACAAGAUGAGUAUGAUGGGUCAUCGUGUUAAGGUUUUGCCUUGGUCUACAUUCCGUAUGAACUUGUCGUGUACCUCACCCUACAAUGCUGAUUUUGAUGGUGACGAAAUGAAUUUGCACGUGCCACAGUCUAUGGAGACGAGAGCUGAAGUUGAGAAUAUUCACGUUACUCCGCGUCAGAUUAUUACACCUCAGGCCAACAAACCCGUCAUGGGUAUUGUGCAGGACACACUGACAGCCGUUCGUAAAAUGACAAAACGAGAUGUCUUCAUCACGCGCGAACAAGUCAUGAACUUGCUUAUGUUCUUGCCCACUUGGGAUGGCAAAAUGCCACAGCCGUGUAUUUUGAAACCCAUGCCCCUGUGGACUGGCAAACAGAUAUUCACUCUCAUCAUUCCCGGCAACGUAAACAUGAUACGUACUCACUCCACACAUCCGGAUGACGAAGAUGAAGGCCCCUACAAAUGGAUAUCACCCGGUGACACCAAGGUAAUGGUAGAACACGGUGAAUUGAUUAUGGGUAUUUUGUGUAAGAAGACCCUGGGUACUUCAGCCGGUUCACUGCUGCAUAUUGUGUUCUUGGAAUUGGGUCACGAGAUUGCCGGCCGUUUCUACGGUAACAUUCAGACUGUCAUUAACAACUGGUUGCUGCUGGAGGGUCACAGUAUCGGUAUUGGUGACACAAUUGCCGAUCCUCAGACCUAUAAUGAAAUUCAGAUGGCCAUUAAGAAAGCCAAAGACGAUGUCAUCAACGUUAUUCAGAAGGCUCACAACAUGGAGCUGGAACCCACGCCCGGUAAUACUUUGCGUCAGACUUUCGAGAAUCAGGUAAAUCGUAUUUUGAACGAUGCUCGUGACAAGACUGGUGGUUCCGCUAAGAAGUCUCUUACUGAAUACAACAAUCUAAAGGCUAUGGUGGUGUCUGGUUCGAAGGGUUCCAACAUUAAUAUUUCCCAGGUUAUUGCUUGUGUGGGUCAACAGAACGUAGAAGGUAAACGUAUUCCAUAUGGUUUCCGCAAGCGUACUCUGCCACAUUUCAUCAAAGACGAUUACGGUCCUGAGUCCAGAGGUUUCGUUGAAAAUUCAUAUCUGGCCGGUUUGACUCCUUCCGAGUUCUAUUUCCACGCUAUGGGUGGUCGUGAAGGUCUUAUUGAUACUGCUGUAAAGACUGCUGAAACUGGUUAUAUCCAGCGUCGUCUUAUAAAGGCUAUGGAGUCGGUAAUGGUAAAUUAUGAUGGUACAGUGCGUAACUCUGUGGGUCAGCUUAUUCAGUUGCGUUACGGUGAGGACGGUUUGGCUGGUGAAACGGUAGAGUUUCAGAAUUUGCCCACCGUCAAGUUGUCGAACAAAUCGUUUGAAAAACGCUUUAAAUUUGAUUGGUCCAAUGAGCGCUAUAUGCGCAAGGUCUUUACGGAUGAGGUGAUCAAGGAUUUGAGUGAGAGUGGCAAUGCUUUACCCCAACUGGAAGUAGAAUGGGAACAAUUGUGUCGCGAUCGUGAAGCUUUAAGAGAAAUUUUCCCCAAUGGCGAUUCAAAGGUUGUAUUGCCUUGUAAUCUACAAAGAAUGAUUUGGAAUGUGCAAAAGAUUUUCCACAUAAACAAAAGAAUGCCCACUGAUUUGUCGCCCUUGAGAGUAAUAAACGGUGUACGAGAUCUAUUGCAACGUUGUGUCAUUGUGGUGGGUAACGAUCAUCUCUCCAAGCAGGCCAACGAGAACGCCACUCUGUUGUUCCAGUGUUUGGUACGCUCCACUUUGUGCACCAAAUAUGUGGCCGAAGAAUUCCGUUUGUCCGCCGAGGCCUUUGAGUGGUUGAUAGGAGAAAUCGAGACGAGAUUCCAACAGGCUCAAGCCAAUCCCGGUGAAAUGGUGGGUGCCUUGGCUGCCCAGAGUUUGGGUGAACCUGCCACACAGAUGACACUCAACACUUUCCAUUUUGCUGGUGUAUCCUCCAAGAACGUAACCCUGGGUGUACCUCGUCUUAAGGAAAUUAUCAAUAUUUCCAAGAAACCCAAAGCUCCUUCCCUAACGGUCUUCUUGACGGGAGGUGCUGCCCGUGAUGCUGAGAAAGCCAAGAAUGUGCUGUGUCGUUUGGAACACACCACUUUGCGUAAGGUGACAGCCAAUACCGCCAUCUACUAUGAUCCCGAUCCUCAACGCACCGUCAUAGCCGAGGAUCAAGAAUUCGUCAAUGUCUACUAUGAAAUGCCCGAUUUUGAUCCCACGCGCAUUUCACCCUGGCUGCUGCGUAUUGAACUCGAUCGCAAGAGAAUGACAGAUAAGAAAUUGACCAUGGAACAGAUUGCCGAAAAGAUUAAUGCCGGUUUCGGUGACGAUCUCAAUUGUAUUUUCAACGAUGACAAUGCUGACAAAUUGGUUUUGCGUAUACGUAUCAUGAACAAUGAGGAGAACAAGUUCCAAGACGAAGAAGAGGCGGUAGACAAAAUGGAAGAUGACAUGUUCUUGCGUUGCAUUGAGGCCAACAUGUUGUCGGACAUGACACUGCAGGGCAUUGAAGCCAUUGGCAAAGUGUACAUGCAUUUGCCACAAACGGACAGUAAGAAACGUAUAAUCAUCACAGAUACGGGUGAAUUCAAGGCCAUUGGUGAAUGGUUGCUGGAAACUGAUGGUACCUCCAUGAUGAAGGUCCUCUCCGAACGUGACGUCGAUCCGGUGCGUACGUCGUCCAACGAUAUUUGUGAAAUUUUCCAAGUACUGGGCAUAGAGGCUGUGCGUAAGUCUGUGGAAAAGGAAAUGAACGCUGUGCUGCAGUUCUACGGUCUGUAUGUAAACUAUCGUCAUUUGGCCUUGUUGUGUGACGUAAUGACAGCCAAGGGCCAUUUGAUGGCCAUCACACGUCACGGUAUCAAUAGACAGGAUACUGGUGCUCUUAUGAGAUGUUCCUUUGAAGAAACCGUCGAUGUGUUGUUGGAUGCCUCAGCUCAUGCUGAAACUGAUCCUAUGAGAGGUGUAUCUGAGAAUAUUAUUAUGGGUCAAUUGCCCAAAAUGGGUACAGGUUGUUUUGAUUUGUUGCUGGAUGCUGAGAAGUGUCGUUAUGGUAUUGAAAUUGCCAACACUAUGGGUUCCAGCAUGUUGGGCGGUUCGGGCAUGUUCUUUGGCGCAGUGGCAACACCUAGUAUGUCACCUCCACGAACACCCUGGAUACAGUGUGGUACUCCUAAAUAUUUAUCACCUUCAGGACAAAUGAGUGGUAUGACACCAGGUGGACCCAGCUUUUCGCCCUCGGCAGCUUCUGAAGCUUCGGGUAUGUCACCCAUAUGGUCUCCCGCCCAUCCUGGCUCAUCACCAUCAUCUCCCGGACCGGCGAUGUCACCCUUCCUUUCGCCCUCACCCAAUGUAUCGCCACCCUCGUACUCGCCUACAAGUCCCAACUAUACGGCUUCAUCGCCGGGCGGUGCUUCACCCAGCUACUCGCCACUCAGUCCGAACUAUUCACCCACCAGUCCAGUUUAUGCAUCCAGCUCAUCACCCCGGUACUCUUCAACCACGCCCAAUUUCAAUCCACAAUCCACAGGGUAUCUACCCUCAACCAGUGGUUAUUCACCAUCGUCUCCCGUAUAUUCGCCCACCUCGAAUUUCCAAUCUUCAAGUCCCUCGUAUACGGGCAGCGGCUCAAAUAUGUAUUCACCAGCCAGUGCAUAUUCACCGACUUCUUCGAAUUAUUCACCCAAUUCUCCUUCUUAUUCGCCAACAUCUCCUUCAUACUCACCUUCAAGUCCUUCGUAUUCACCAUCAUCUCCUUGUUACUCACCAACAUCACCCUCUUAUUCUCCGUCAUCACCCACUUAUACUCCGGUAACACCUUCGUAUUCACCGUCUUCACCCAAUUGUUCGGCUUCGCCGCACUAUUCUCCGGCCUCGCCGGCUUAUUCCCAAACCGGGGUCAAAUAUUCUCCAACAUCACCCAAAUAUUCACCACCCUCACCCUCGUACGAUGGUUCACCGGGUUCGCCGCAAUACACACCCGGCUCACCACAAUACUCUCCAGCUUCACCCAAAUAUUCGCCAACUUCUCCAUUGUAUUCGCCGGCUUCACCACAACAUUCGCCAGCCAAUCAAUACAGUCCUACUGGCUCCAGUUACUCGGCCACUUCGCCCCGUUACUCGCCCAACAUGUCCAUCUACUCGCCCAGUAGCACAAAAUAUUCCCCCUCGUCUCCACCAACCUACACACCAACACGCAACUACUCUCCAGCAUCGCCUAUGUACUCGCCCACGGCGCCCUCACAUGGUUAUUCACCAACUAGUCCGGCCUAUUCGCCCAGUAGUCCCAACUACGAAGAAAGUGACGAUUAAAAAGCAGCAGCAGGACAAUAGAAUGCGGCCAGUUAGUUAUAUUGCUAUUUGUUUUAUAUCACUGGUCGUUUGCUGUAGAAGAAUUAGUGAACAAAGUGAUUGAAAAAGAAAGCAUUUCCUGUUUUAUCAUUCAACGGAUAUUAACAAUUAAAACAAUUUAUUUUAGACUUAAGACUUAAGGUUCUAAACAAGACAUACAGACAGACAGAUACACACACCUACCACUUGGAAUACACACUUUUAUAUUCUAUUAUAUUCUUAUUAUAUGGAUUGUAGUAAGUUUUUUUCUCUUAGAUUUUUUCUUUCUUUUCGUUUCGUCAUGGUUUUUAUUACAAAUUAGAUAAUUUUUUCUCUCUCUUUAUUCUAAAUUCGUCAAUAUUUAAUAUUUAAGUUACUUACGUUCGUUCUUUCUCUAUUUCUAAGUUUAAAACAAAAUUCAAAUUUAUCUAAAAUGACUUGAAAUCAUAUUAUUUUAAACUGUAAUUAAAGUAUAAUUACAACUUUUAUUAUGUGUAAUAUGUACUUUACAAACAACAGAACAACAAAUUUAAAUUUCAUUAUUAAAUCUUUAACUUAAAGUAUAAAUAUAUAUAUUUUAUCAACAAAAAAACAAACAAAAAAAAAAACAAAAAAAAGAAGAUUUUUAAUCAGCCUUAUUGUGUAAGCCUUUAGCGUUUUAUGCAAUCGACAGUCUCGUACUAGAUUAAAGAUAACAUGUAAACGGUUUCUUUAAUCUAGUACAAAACGCCAAUGCCUUACAUAAUACGUCUGCAUAUUAUGAUUACUUAUUAUAAUUUGUAAUAAAUUAAAUAAAACUCCAAAAAAAUAUACAAAAAAAAAAGUUACAAAAAACUUAAA